AGAGAGUACCUUAAAUUUUGCCUAAAUUCCAAUAAUAUAUCAUACAUUUUCUGGUACUAUGUUUCAGGUUAUUAUUGGGAAGACCACAGUUAUGAAAAGAAUUCUCAAAAUUCUAGAAGACAUGGAAGGCGUCUUCAAAGGGAAUCAAGAAUUCACACUGGAGAGAAAACCUAUAAACGUGUGCAGUGUAAUGAAGUGCUUUCAAGUCAUAGUCAUCCUCAGAUACAUAAAAGAAUGCUUACUGGAGCCUUUGUAUAUGAUAGUGGUCUUCAAAUGCAUAGGAGAACACACACAGGAGAGAAAUCCUAUGAUUCUAAUACACGUAGUAAAGCCUUUGCAUGCCACAGCCAUCUGCAAAGUCCUAAAAUAGCACAUACUGGAGAGAAGCCCUAUGAAUGUGUACAAUGUGGUAAAGCCUUUGCAUGGCACAGUGCUCUUCAAAGGCAUAAAAGAAUACAUACUGGAGAGAAGCCCUAUGAAUGUAAACAAUGUGGUAAAGCCCUUUCAUGUCACAGUGCUCUUCAAAGGCAUAAAAGAAUACAUACUGGAGAGAAGCCCUAUGAAUGUAAACAAUGUGGUAAAGCCUUUACACAGAUCAGUAAUCUUCAGAGUCAUAAAAGAACACAUACUGGAGAGAAGCCCUAUGAAUGUAAACAAUGUGGUACAGCCUUUGCUUAUCACACUUCUCUUCAAAGGCAUAAAAGAAUACAUACUGGAGAGAAGGCCUAUGAAUGUAAACAAUGUGGUAAAGCCUUUGUUUCUCACAUCCAUCUUCAGAUUCAUAAAGAAACACAUACUGGAGAGAAGCCCUAUGAAUGUAAACAGUGUGGUAAAGCCCUUUCAUGUCACAGUGCUCUUCAAAGGCAUAAAAGACUACAUACUGGAGAGAAGCCCUAUGAAUGUAAACAAUGUGGUAAGGCCUUUGCAGAUAACAGUGUUCUUCAGAGUCAUAAAAGAACACAUACUGGAGAGAAACCAUAUGAAUGUAAACAAUGUGGUAAAGCCUUUACACAGAACUUCCAUCUUCAGAUUCAUAAAAGAACACAUACUGGAGAGAAGCCCUAUGAGUGUAAACAAUGUGGUAAAGCCUUUGCACAGAAAUUUCAUCUUCAGAUUCAUAAAAGAGCUCAUACUGGAGAGAAGCCCUAUGAAUGUAAACAAUGUGGUAAAGCCUUUGCACAGAACAGUCAUCUUAAAGUACAUAAAAGAACACAUACUGGAGAGAAGCCCUAUGAAUGUAAACAAUGUGGUAAAACCUUUGCACAGAAAUUUCAUCUUCAGAGUCAUAAAAGAACACAUACUGGAGAGAAGCCCUAUGAAUGUAAACAAUGUGGUAAAGCCUUUGCACAGAACAGAAGUCUUCAAAUACAUAAAAGAACACAUACUGGAGAGAAGCCCUAUGAAUGUAAACAAUGUGGUAAAGCUUUUGGUUGUCAAAGUCAUCUUCGAAUGCAUAAAAGAACACAUACUGGAGAGGAGCCCUAUGAAUGUAAACAAUGUGGUAAAGCCUUUGCACAGAACAGUCAUCUUCAAAGGCAUAAAAGAACACAUA